GUGAAUAUCCGAGUCAUUUACUAUAGUGUACUGAAUAAAGUUCACUAAAUAAGAUAUUACUCAUUAUAAGUCAUGGUUUUGUUAUUAAUACAAAAAUUAAUUCAGUGGUCGCUAAUUAUGUGCCUAACGAUUGUUAACAACAUUUUAAUCAUAAUUUUCGGCGACUUCUACAAGAAUAUCAUCGACAAAGUCAUCAAGUUAUUAUCUCACGAAACGAGUCACGAAAAUCUAAUGAACGAUACGUUACUUCGUCUGGAGAUGACUGAACACAAGUUGACAUCACUUCAGAACCAAAUGGUGUGCUAUCACAAGGAGUUCCUGGAGUUCCGACACCAGGUAUCACAUGGUGUGGCACCGGGUGCUGGUCCGUCGGUGAUCACCAAACCAAUGGCCGCCACUAUGGGACCAAUGGCUGCAAACAUAUCGAAAAUGAGUGCCGAAUAUCUCCGCAAAUCAAAUGAUUCCGGACUCUCGUCGCAAAUCUUAUGGCAUUUACUUAAUACUAAUCCUUCAGUGGACUCGGAGUCUACUGGAAAGGGUCAGUGCGAUCGACCCUCACAUACGACUGGCCACUGAAUCGUGAAGUUUGUUUGAAAAGACUUUUUUACUUAAAGUUUUAGACCAAAGAUGUUAUGUUUUACGGAAAUGAAUGUCAUUUCCAUUCACUACUUAUGGCUGUAAUUGUGAUAAUAAUCUGACAAACAUUUAAUUUUGUAAAAUAAUUCCCAUUUUAUAAUCGUUUAAUACAAAU